AAACCCUCGAGAUGUACAAAGCUGCCUGUUUAGUGUUGGCCCUGUGCGCAGUCGCCUCGGCGGUGCCCUCAGCCUAUGAUACCGAGCACGUGUGGAAGGCCGGAAACCUGUCGUACCCCUUCCCCAACAACGCCAUUCUGGGAGGAUUCGAUCCUUACGGCUACAACAUCUAUAUUGGCCGCGUCAAGUUCGGCACCACGAUCGUGCCAGCCCGCGUAGUCGCAGAGACGGGUGUCGCCUACUUCAACAACCAGCUGACGGCCUCCAAGGCGACGACAUACGAUAUCCUGGUGAUCGAGCGCGACUAUAAAUACGUAUGGGUCCGCAGCUUCGACGGCUUGUACGAGUUUGGCUCCGUUGCCGUGGGCACUUCGAACUUCAAUGAGCGCGUGUUCAUGUGCCGAGCCAAGACCGACGGUGGCCUGCUCAUCGGCAUGCUCAUGCUCAGCGAGAAGCUGUGCAUCAUCAAGCACGAGACCCUGGCCCUGCGCAAAUUCGACAAGUACGAGGUCCUUGUGGCCCUGCCGAAGAAUGGAACCAUCUAUUGAACAGGGAAAAUCUACCCAUCAUGAUGAUCUCUUUGUGACAGUUUAAAUCGCAUCUCUAAAAUAAAUACACAAAACGAUAAUUUA